AUGGUCCUUCGCUUGGCCGAGCCCAGUCUCAAUGGCUUGGUCAAGCCUCCAAAGCUCAUUGUUAGCGACAAGGUGGAGCAAGAUUCUGCACGCGUCGUUCCUCUAACUACUGAGAUGUUCAAAAAGAUGGAGGGUCCCGGGUGGAGGUCGAGAGAGGGUGUUGGGUGGUGGGAAUAUGGAGGUUUGCGAGGGGCUUUUAAAUACUUUGCAUGCAAUCAUCACCACCACCGUCCUUGGCAAUUGAAUUGAAUUGAAUGUGAAUUGACCUUCAGUGAAUACUGACGACCGUCCGCAAUGACAUAAAACUACGCGUCCGGAACGACGAAAAACUAGCGGUCGAGCUGGCUGCACAGUUUCCUGGGAAUCGCCAUCUCACAAUCCUCACCGCAGCUCAGGUCGUGCCAUUUUCAUGAAUGGAUUCCCCCAGACUGUGUUCUGAAAUUUCCGAACGACAAUAUGGUCAUGUCAAUAUCUGUAAGAGUCAUUCUUCUUUCCUCUCCCUCCUCCUCUCAUCUCAGACAUUCUUACCCGAAUCUUACCUGGAGGAGACUUGCUAAUUCCCUGUAGCGGCAACGAGAACCAUGUUCGAAUUAUCAAUCAGUCACAGUAGCCAGCGACAAUCAGUCCAGCGAAGAGUCUCCUUGGCACCGGCAAUGGCAUCACAAACGCAGCAAUUACUGUCUGUCACAGUACGCCCAUCACGGGCCUCGAUCACCACAGUGGUCAACAACCAAAUAAAUUCCACACGCCAGAGAGCUGAAUAUAGAGUAUUACGAGAUGACCCUCUCUUCUUCGGACCAGAUCAACCAAACCAGAAGAAUGAGAGGGUUGGUGUCGGCUCUUGACACCUCCCUCUCUCCCACAGAUGGAUAUUUUCACAUCCAGAACUCGCCAUCGUACACCUACCCUAUUUUACCUGACGGUUCAGUCAAUGGUAACAAUGCCAGGCAAUGACGCAGAAAACCAAGGUUGGUACUCGCAUCCCUCUUUUGUAGAAUAUAUGCUGACGAAGGAUUUACAGGCGAGAUCGGUACCUCUGGUCGCGGUGUUUGACGCCAAAAUGCCUCCAACCACAGCAUUGGUGGUGGAAAACUGUGGCCAAUGUUAUCUUAGACCUUGCUGUCGGAGUCGCCAUGGUAAGCAUUCCUCAUGUCUUUACCAUCGUCUUCUCAUCAACAAGUGUUGGUUUCGUCCUCGCUUAACACAUUUGGUUUCGGCUAAGGUGUACCUCCCUGAUCCUCUCUGACAUUCUUAUCAAGGUGCAUUGCUUGGCCUUUCAAAACCAGUGGCAGAGCGAUAA